AUCCCGGGAGGAGCUGGGCGUGAGAGCGCUGGCCGCAAAGGGGUUCAGCCGUAAGCUUCAGCAGCAGUUUGAGGUGGAGAUCAGACUGGCCCGGAAGCGUAAGCUGCCAGCAGCAGAUGUGCCAGGCGCACCGGUGCGGCGACCGAUGCGACCGUCGAAGGCAGUGGUCGACGCGCGCUACGUGCGGGAGUACUACCUUGCAGCCGCGGCCCGGCUCGCCAUGCUGCGGCACCGCCUUGGGCGGCAAGCUGGAACCCCAUGGCCCGAGCUGCCGGCAGAGGUGAAGAAGCGACUCAAGAACAAGAAGAUCAACAACGUCUUCCGCGUCUUGGACAGGGGGUCCAGUGAGUUGCUGCUGUCGCUGGAGAACCUGGACUGGCGCACGUGCUACCUGACGUGCUUUCUGGCACGGUUCAUGCUGGUGACGAAGGAGAGGUGCGCCGCAAUGCGCUUGCCAAUCCGGCGGCGGAGCGGUGGCGAUUUGCCCUGGCUUGCGAAGCUGGGCAAUCUGCUGGCUGACGCGCCGAUGCCAACGGCUUACCGGCCUGUGGGCCGCGGCAUCACUCGCGAGAAGUUUAAGAGCCGGGCGCUGCUGGCGCUGAAGGAGUUUUUGGGCGAG